CUUAUUCUGCAAAAAUGUCUUCACCCGAUAGACCCAGCAGGUACUUCGAUACCCACCGGUACCUCUUCAACGCCUUCGGAAUCUGGACCAACAAGCGCUUCAUAGCAAACUCCCUGAUUCUCACCGUCGUCUACGCCAUCUUGGUGGUGGCCUUGUUCAUAAUAGCUCCCCAGUUCUGCCACGUGGUGUACAUGUACAAGGCCAGGAACGACGUGGUGGCCUUCGCCGACGAGUUCUACGUAUCCAUCGCUUCGAUCGUGGUGGUUUUCAAAGACUACGUGCUGAUAAAAGAUGGUGGAGCUAUCAGAGAGAUGCUUCAUACCAUGGACGAGGCACUCAUGCGACCCAGCGAAUCCCAGCGAAGGAAAUUCGAGAGAACGAUGGGUUUUUGGGACAAGCUGUUCAAGUGCAUGCUGGCGGGGAAUUACUUCUUCUGCGCUUGCAUAUUAGUCACUCCUUUGACGAAUAGAAUGGAACUAGGUACCAGAGAAGUGCCGUUAGUGGAUUGCUACCCUUUCUACAUUUAUUCAACACCGGUUUACCAGUUCAUGUACGUUUACCAGAGUUUUUUGCUGGUUUAUCUGAUAAGUCAUACCGUUCUGUUUUGAUACGUUCGUGGCCGGCAUUAUGUCGGUUUGCUCCGGCGAAUGCGACAUUCUUUACGAGAAUCUGGUGGGUUUACAAUCGCUGCGAGACGAGUCGGAUUAUGAAAGGGAACUGGUGAAAUGUAUCAAGCACCACGAGGAAAUUCGCAAGCUCGUGAGGAAUAUAGAGAAGCGCUUUUCUCUUAUUAUUUUAGAGCAGUAUUUCACGAGUUUGAUUUCUUGUUGCACCACAAUGUUUAAAUUGUCUUUGGCUGAGCCGAUGAGUAUGGAGUUUUUCAGGACGCUCUCUUAUCAAUUAAACAUAUUCCUGCAAAUGUAUCUGUUCUGUUGGUGUGCUUCGGAGGUCACAGAAAAGGUUUAA